GGCCAAGAAAAUAUUGUUCGGAAAAACAAUGUUGUGAUUGAAAUCGAAAGUAGAUCUAGUCUGCGAGGCCAAUAUAUCUUGUCUGCUUUUUUCCUUUUCUUUUUAUUUUUUUAGAUGGCCCAAUUUAGUAAGGACUCUUUCUUCCUUUUUGCCCUGUUGCAGUCGUUUUUUUCCUCUCAUUUUCCCCGGUGUAUUGUUUGAUAUCUUUACUUUUACCGCACCACUGACGCUUCUACUCUAUACAGUACUAUACUAGCUGACUAGCAUGAACGGGAACGUGAAAGAAUACUUGCCACAGAGUCAGAGUGGGCCAGCUGAUCUUGCUCCAGCUUAUAGAGACCGGGCGCACUCUGGCACUGCAAAAGGCAUGGCAGUGAUGGUGUGGAGAAUUAUCAACUCCCUCAUGGCUACUUUUUUCUUCUUAGCAGCGAUGGUCAAUGUAAAUGAUGGUGACUGGUACAUCUGGGUUCCGCUGUAUGGUUUUCCGUGUGGGCUUUGUGCUCUUGCAGUGUUGAGACCAAGCAUUACAGGGCACAUCUUGUUCCGCUUAAUUGCUGGAACAGAGUUUUCUUUAUGUCUCCUUUAUGGGAUAUACCAAAUCUACUCACUAACAACGGUUAUCUCUGGUGUUUUGGAAAAUCAUCUUCAGCAUGAGGAGGGGAGAGAACUUGGUGGCCUUAUUAUAAUACUGGCAUGGACAGGUCUCUUCAUGUUUAGCGGCUUUGGAAGUUCCCAACCAAUGAGCAACAGCACAAUGUUUGCUGUGUUCCUGUGGACGACUGGCACAUUGGCUGUUCUCCCUCUCCUGACCUGGUCUUUAUGCUUUGUAGGGGACUGGCAUCGAAAACUGGCUCAUUGCAACAAUAUGUUCUAGGACUAAUUCUACCUGUUGGGUAAAGGAAAAGUUCAACUUUUCUUACCUUGUCCAGCUGCCUUAAUGUUUUUCUUCUGAUGUGUGCUUUUUCUCCCUUUGAUCUUUCUACAAAUGGAAUCUGCUAUAUCCCCCCAAAAAAGAAGAAAAAUUGCAGCUUGUUGUAAUGUUGGCCUUAUUUUCUUGCUCAUGAUUGAAUUGAUGCUCUUUAUGAGCUUGCAGUAAAGAUUCUUCUUUUUUACAAUGUUGACUUGCCCAACACUUUGCCUUGCUUGAAGCCGCACAGAAUGUCAUUUCAUCUUCAUGGAUUCAGUGCCUAUUACAGGGGCCUUUUUUGCUAAUUUUUUUUUGGUGUGAUGUCAGUGUGGUAUACCAUAAGUAGCCUACCAGUUUGCUGCUUUACUCCUUUCAGUGAUAUUAAUAUUAUUGCUAAAUUACUUAAGUUAAAUGUGAACAUUAUUUUCUGUCAUGAUCCCCUGAGAGCUCACAUAGGACUUGGCAAUAAUUUCCUUGGCUGAUCUGUUCUUUCGGUCUUUUGGGGAAAUACAGUGUUGCAUCAUUUUUAAGUGUUUGCCACUAUUGUUCACAUUCAUCUUUACUUUACCUUCUAAGGCGUUGGUAAUUUUUGUUUUUAAAGUGACUGAUUGAAAAAAGAAACCAUUCAAGAUAUUUUCAGUGUUUUGAAGAGCUUGUAACAUGGAUUUAUUGUAGCUUUUUCUGUGCCUAGAUGUGAAAUUUUGAAGCUUAUUGUAAUGGAAAGACAGAGAAAUACUGUAUUUUUAUAAUAUAUGCAUAUAAUUGUCAUUGAUCUUGGAAAUUCCAACAGACUGUUGAUUAAAGGGGUUUAGAUAUAUGCCAUUUCACUCUUGGACAAGUAAUUUAAUGCCCUGUAUUUGUGCACAGUCAAACUUUCUACUGCCAUCUGUUAUACUACCAAACCCUGCUUAUAAACUAUUUGCCUCUUUAAACCAUCAACUGUCUGGGUUAUAUUAUUUGAGUUUUCCUUCCAUCUGGAAACACCCAAAUUAACGUCCGUAUAUCUGAUGUCACGCUGACUGGACAGUUUAAAGCAUCAUUUUUACCUAAAUGCUAAAUACUUCAAUGAAGUCAUAAGUAAGCAUAUUUACAUCAUUUUGGGAAAAAAUGCUUUUACGAUAGAAAGUCUGAGAAUGCAAGGAAAAUAAAUCGCUCUGUAAAUCUUCUGUCUUUUGAGAAAAAGUACAGUAGGCUUAGGCUUAUUUUGAUAGGUUUAAUUAUACUUCAGUCCCCCUUUUUUGAGAAUUAGUUUAGAUUGUCUUCCUCGCAUGACAUCAUAGUUGGCCAAACAGAGAGUGGAGACCCUGGAGAUGCGUAUCGGUAGUAGUAGUAGUUGUACUAGGCCAGGUAAGCUUCGAAUGGAGGGCCAAAGUAGACCUUUACAUGUAGGCCUACCAUUUUGAUGAAUGUCUUCUCUUUGAGAAUGACGUUUGGUGUUUGACUUUUGUUGUUUAUUAUUAUUUUAAAAUUUCCAUCCAUUCCAGAGUGAUUUUAUACUUACUGAAAAUGUUAUUGAUAUUCUUCUUAAAGUAUUAAUCUUAAAUACAUGUAUUUUUAAAAAUAAUGCAACAGUUUACUUUGCAGAUCAUGCAUGAAAUGACUUUUGAAAAUUCUGUUUUAAAAGUAUGCCUUGAACGGCUUAGUUCACCCCCCAAAAAA